UGUUGCACCAUGUUUCCUAUACCGUUUCCUCAUCGGACAGUGAAGCCACGGGAAGUUGUUGUUUCCCAAUACCAAAGUGGAUGCCCUUAUGAUGGAGCCCUUCAGAGAAUUGUUGGUGAAGUUUCUCAUUCCAGAAAAAUGUUUCGAUGAGUUUUUUGUCAACUUCAACCUUCUGGACGUGCCCUGCUUGAAGAUCCUUCUUAGUAAAGGACUGGGAAUCGGCAUCAUCGCAGGCUCUGUGAUGGUGAAGCUGCCUCAGAUCUUCAAGCUCUUGGGAGCCAAGAGUGCUGAGGGGCUGAGUUUCAACUCCAUCCUGCUUGAACUGCUGGCUAUCACAGGAACCAUGGCCUACAGCAUCGCAAACAGCUUCCCCUUCAGUGCGUGGGGAGAGGCACUCUUCCUGAUGCUUCAGACGGUUGUCAUUGGCUUCCUGAUCCAGCACUACAGGGGGAAUGCUCUGCGAGGUCUUGGGUUUAUAGCAGUUUAUUUAGCCUUGGUCUCCUUGUUGCUGUCGCCCCUUACCCCCAGGUCUGUUGUCACGACGAUGCAAGCCACAAAUAUGCCAGCCGUUGUAAUCAGCCGGUUGAUCCAGGCUGGCACUAACUUUCGCAAUGGGCACACAGGCCAGCUGUCUGCUAUCACAGUGUUUCUGCUGUUCGCAGGAUCCCUGGCCAGAAUAUUCACCUCUGUGCAGGAAACGGGUGACCCCCUAAUGGCGCUGACGUACGUGGUGUCUUCAUGUUGUAACGGGAUCAUCGCGGCCCAGCUGCUCUACUACUGGAACGCCAGGCCAGACGACGAGAAGAAGCGCCAGUGAAAGCAGCGCGGAGUGGAAACAGAAACCGAACAGACUGGAGGAGUAAGAAAGCGGGCUCGAACACCAGCAGCCUCCCCGUGUUCUUACAAGACUCUUACUAAGACUUCCUACGUUUCAUAUUCCAUUUACUUUGUGUCUGUCCCUUUUAUCUUUUAGUGAUCCCUCUCAGUGGGUUAUGUUUCUCCAGUGCCGAGCUUUUUCUCUAAAUCUGGCUUUCCUGCCUUGCUGAGCUUGUCUGGACAAUCCUAAGUGCCAGGACUGAGCAGCCGUCCUUGUUCCAUACAAUGUGAUGACUCGGCUCUGCCAGCCCCACCUGCUCUACAUUGAAAGACACACGAUUUGAACGGAGAGAGGCAGGCUGUUUGGUCCUGGUACUUCGGAUUCUCCAGAGAAGCUCAAAGCAGCUCAAAGAAGGGAAUGGCAGCUUUAAAACAAGAACAGUACUGGAGCAACAGAGCCCAGACCCACUCUGAAUGAUUGCAAACACCAUCAAAUAGAAAAGGAAAUAGGGGAAAAUAGCAACUAAACUCAGAGUGUGAAACUGGGACUGCUUAUUGCUUUCAAAUCUCAAAUAGGGAAUCUAAAGGGACAUUUUUUUUUUCAGAAAGAUAAACAAUAAUUUGGAGUCCUGGGUUUCAAAACGGCCCUUAAAGUCGAUAAUUUCAAUGAUCAGGAGUCAGGAGUUUGAUGCUAAAUGCAUUGUUCCUCCCUUACAGCUCCUAUUAGUAAUCCUACAGACUCACAGACUUAUUCAUGCUGUGAUAUGAGAAUCGGUUCAUUCAGAGCAGAUUGAUCUGAUUGUUCAAACUCCCAGCACCUGCCUGGUCGUUGCAAUAAUAUACCUGAACACGGAGCUGGAUUUCUGAACCGCAGAACUAGCGGGAGUAAGAAUAGGCUUGUGAGAAUAGUAGAGGCUGCUGAGAGAGAGGGAGGGUUUUUAGAGACUUGCUCAAUAACCUUUUCAAAAAUAACAUUCCUAACGUUAACUUUGGUUGCUACUGAAGAUUAUAGCAGUCCGAGUAAAAACGAAAAUUUUAAACUGCUCCGCAGUCCUGUUCAAUCACUAAACUACGGUUCUAUGUAUCCCUGUCUGCAGCAGGUCUAACUAGAAGCAAGGGUUCGACAAAUUCCUUAGUUGUGAUUCCCUGAGAUGUUUGUCAACUAGUCUUUCUACAGGCUUUUUUUUUCCUGAAUAGACUGUGAAAAUGUGACAGUCCAGUUUGUUUACAUUCCCAGGAAUAGGCACACACAUUCUCCUACAGAUUGCACAGGAAAUGCUGUUGCACCGGAAUGCAACAACAGUGUUUAAUUCAAGAGAGUUGUGUUUCAAAUAUCGCCCCACAUUUAAAAAGGAGGGCCAGUGAUAGUGUUGCUAAUUCUAAUCAGGUAGAUUUUAAAAUAUUAGUUAGUGCUCUUUUUAAUUGUAGCUCACAAAAAUAAUGACCUGUUGCGUAAGCUACGUAGGUCUCAAAUGUGUUUUCAUUUUAAAACAUCCGGUAGGCCAACUACUGUUAAAGAAACUUCUCAGUUUCCAUACCACCUUCUCAGGACGCAUGUUACACUUACUGCGUCGUUUUACCCAGCAAGUCGGUCAAUAGGAGAAGCAGCUGAUUGGUUAAUGACAGGAAAGAAGCCUUUUAAGCGGUGCGGGCAAUUUCACCCUGCAGGUGACCAAGGAAGUGUAACACUAUGUGAAAGCAUGGCUUGCAAACAGAGAUUUCUUCAACCAAGUGUAGUACCAGAUAACAUGUUUUAAGACUAAAAUACAUUCUUUUAAAAGUCCACAGUUGAGACCGAUGGAAGGGUGCAGGUAAGAUUUAUGGAGUUACUUCGUUAGCUACAGUACAGCCUCUUUCAGGGGAACGCUGCACUCCCUGUUGUCUGUUUUUACUUGUUUUGAGUGCUGUGAAGAGGUUUGAGUUUUGAAAUUACAGAGAGGGACCUACAAGGGAUCAGUGUGACCAACAUAUUAGAUACAUGACUGACAGGGUGAUUCAUAAGAAAAAAAAACAUUAUUAUAGACCAUGAAUGUUGUUGACUAGGUUCUGCGUGUUGGUUUGUCCAUUUCAAGUAUUCGCCACUAAAAAUGAACCGUUUUUCUGCCACAUUGCUUUAAUCCAGGGGUUCUCAAACCCGGUCCUGGGGACCCCCUGUGUCUUCUGGUUUUUAUUCCAACUGAGCUCUCAAUCACUUAACCCUUACUUGAAUUAACAAUUUGUUUAAUUAGUCCUUUUUAAUUGUUUUCAUCUCCUAAAAAGCUGCAGAGUUCAAGUGGUUAUGCAACUAUUUAAGAUCUGAAAAUAAUUAAAAAUGUCUAAUUAAGAAAAAUAGGAGACUGUGUGGUCCAGUGGUUAAAGAAAAGGGCUUGUAACCAGGAGGUCCCCGGUUCAAAUCCCACCUCAGCCUCAUUGUGUGACCCUGAGCAAGUCACUUCACCUCCUUGUGCUCCGUCUUUCGGGUGAGACGUAGUUGUAAGUGACUCUACAGCUGAUGCAUAGUUCACACACCCUAGUCUCUGUAAGUUGCCUUGGAUAAAGGCGUCUGCUAAAUAAACAAAUAAUAAUAAUUAAGCGUAUAGUUAAGUAAUUGAGAGCUCAGUUGGAAUAAAAACCAAAAGGCACGGGUUCCCUGGGACCUAGUUUGAGAAUUCCAGCUUUAAUCUAUAUCAAGAAACCGUUACCUACAUCAAUACAUCCAUCAGAUACACUUAAAUAACAUUCUACUAUAAAACAUAUUCACAAACACAUGGCUGUCUGUCUGCUUUUAAACCUGAAAUGAAAUGUUACCAUUUAUGAAUCGCCCUGUCUAUCACUGUACUUUUGCCUUGUUGUUUUGUGUGUCUGUCUGUGCAAUUCAAGAACUUGAAAGUUUUAAUAAAAAAUAAAAUUUAAAUAAA